AUGGCUCCAAAGGCGGACACACAGGCGCCGCGGCGGUCCGCCGUGAAGCCGCACACGACGCUCCGGGAACGGUUUCUUCACAAGCUGCCUCACUACACGGGGCCAUACAAUGUCGGCUACAUGGACAUUGAAGUCCCGGCACGGGAUCCGCGCCCAGUGUCAAAUUUGAAGCGCAAUGGCAAGCCUGUGCUUCGCCUCGACACUGUGCUCAUGGGCAUCUACUACCCGUGCGACCUGCAUGAGCACCUCCAGGCCGGCGGCGACAAGCCGCACAGGGUCGACUGGAUGCCGCGGCCGCGCAUCGCGACAGCCAAGGGCUACGCCAAAUUUCUGAACAUCCCGGCGGCUCCCGUCACAGCCUACUUGGCCUGCACGUCGCUCUUCACGAAGCUGCCGGCCUUCCGGAAUGCGAAAAUCGCCGACUACUGGCCAGAGGAAACGCUCAAGGACAGAGGUCAACACCCACAGCAAACUGGCGAGCCGAGCAGUCGCCCCAAGUUCCCCGUCAUCAUAUUCAGCCACGGCCUGGGCGGGUCGCGGCUGUGCUACAGCUCCAUCUGCGGCGAGCUUGCCAGCUUCGGCUUUGUGGUCGUCGCCAUGGAGCAUCGAGACGGGUCCGGGGCGAGGACCUAUGUAAGCCUGCCCGGCAACGUCGAGGCCGCCGAGAUAGAGUCCUCGACUGCUGAGAUUCACACGGGCAACGAGGAGAACGACGACGGCAAGAACAAGCGGGUGUCGCGACGCAGGGCCGGCUUCAACCCGUACUACGUAAUGGACUACAUCCUCCCCAAGGACAACGCGCAGGACACGUCGCCGCACAAUCCCCGCGGCGUGGACCAUACGCUGCGGUCGGCGCAGAUUGAGUUGCGCCUCGAAGAGAUCAAGGAGGCGUUCUACGUGCUGGGCCUCAUCAACAGCGGGUACGGCGACGACAUUGCGCGCAUGAACCUGAGACGCAAAGGAAACAUUGGGUCAAGCUCGCAGGGGCUGAGCGGCGUUCGAUGGGAAGACUGGGAGGAUCGCAUGUUCCUGGACCACGUCACGGCCAUGGGCCACUCCUUUGGCGGCGCGACGACAGUGCAGCUCUGCCGAAACAGCUCCCUGACGUGGCUCGGCCAAGGCGUCGUCCUGGACGGCUGGGGCCAGGGCACUCCGCCACCGGAUGCGAGCGGCGAGACCGUCAAGAAGCCCCUGAUAUCCAUCUCGUCCGAGGCGUUUAUGCAUUGGAAGGAGAACUUUGAGAGCAUCGUGGGCAUAUGCGAGGAGGCGCGGGACUCGGGGGCGCUGUGUUGGAUGAUGACCAUUGCCGGGUCCACGCACCUCGUCAUGACCGACUUUGCCGUGCUGUACAGACGGUGGAUGACGAUUCUGACAAAGUCCAUGGUGCACCCCCUGCGUGCCUUCUACCUGACCGUGGCGGCGUCCCUCGAGUUCCUCAGCCUCACGCUGCCGGCGGAGCAGACAAAGUACAACGUGUGGAUAGACGAGGGCCUGCUCCUGUCGGCCAAGGCCCCGGUAGAGCCGGGCGAGGCGAUGCGAUCGGACCACGCGCCGGAUCACAAGUGGGUUGCCGUGAAGCUCAAGAUCCGCAACGAGCUGUGGACGCGACUGCGCGCGUGGGCGAAGCGGUCCUGGCGACGGAUCCGCGGACGGCGCGAGCACAGCGGACUGCUGGGCCAGAACGCCGAGGAGAUGUGGACGCACAUGAGCCCGACGGCGGAGGAGGUUGCGCGAUGCACCAGACAGGCGUCGGUGGCCGGCAGAUGA